GUGAGAUUUGCCGCUUCGAUUGGACCGCAAGCUGUCAGUCGCGGACUUCUUUUGAACGCUCUCGAUGGUGUUCCAAAUAUCUGUCAUCAGUCACGACUGCACGACAAUUGGUCUAAACUUGUAGCUCACGCAGGUACAGACUCCUGCUGCCAGCCAGUCUUUCCCGAUGUCCAAGUACAAAGUCUUUGUGAUGAGGCAUGGAGAAGGGGCCUGGACCAAAGAGAACCGCUUCUGCAGCUGGGUGGACCAGAGGCUGAGUGAGGAUGGGGUAAAGGAGGCCCUAGCGUGCGGUCACCUCCUAAGAGAGGCAGGCUACCACCUGGAUGUGGUCUUCACAUCCCUGCUUAGCCGUUCCAUCCACACAGCCUGGCUGCUACUAGAGGCCAUGGGGCAGGAGUGGGUCCCAGUGGUGAAAUCGUGGAGGCUGAAUGAGCGCCAUUAUGGUGCUCUGAUCGGGCUCAACCGUGCCGAGAUGGCCCUAAACCACGGCGAGGAGCAGGUGAAACAGUGGAGGAGGAGUUACGACCUCACGCCGCCGCCUAUCGACAAUUCACACCCUUACUUUUUGGAGAUCUACAACGACCGGCGGUAUUCUACUUGCGAUAUUUCUAAAGAGGAUCUCCCUAAGUCGGAGAGCCUGAAGGAUGUCUUAGAGAGGCUCCAGCCAUACUGGGAUGGCACCAUUGUGCCAGAGAUCAAACAGGGGAAAUCGGUGCUCAUCUCUGGGCAUGGGAAUAGCUGCAGGGCACUGCUGAAACACUUACAAGGUAUAUCAGAUGCUGAUAUCGUCAACGUGACGUUACCCACAGGAACGCCCAUUCUGAUUGAGCUGGAUGAGAACUUCCGGCCCACCAAACCCAUGCAGCUCCUGGGAGACCAGGACGCCAUCCAGGCAGCCAUCAGGAAGGUGGAGGAUCAGGGGAAGGUCAAACAAACACCAUGAUUGGCCUGAAUCUAGUCAACUGGAUUCUAGUCAUUCUAGAUUCAAAAAUCUAGCCCACUGAAUUAUAUUCAUUAUACAUACAAGUGAUUUGUAGAAUCUAAUCAACUGUAUUCUAGUCAUUCUGGAGUAUAUUCUAGAAUCUAGUCAACUGGCUGUAAGACUAAUAUACGAAUUUUCCCAAGCCUGGGCUAGCACUUAUUUAGUUGCCUGUUAUGCACCAUUAAUCAGAUUCACUCAAAGCUGAAUUCUUGAUUGAAUUAAAUCAAUAUUAAGUACAUGCUAUUGUAGUCAGUAAGUCUCAGUGAACUGACUGUAUAAUCGUGGUAUGAACUUAACCCAGGCUACCCUAUUGGGUGCAACAAGGAAACAAAAUAAUAUUGUUCAUACAGAAAUAAGUGGUGUGCUGAAGGGAGUUACAUUAACAGGCAUAUUUAUCAUUAACAAGCAUAUUUGGCAAUAGGCUGACUAAGUGUGUAUUGAGGCAUUUUGCCAUUAAAGGAAUAGCAGCACGUGAAACGAUCAAAUGUUCCUUUAAAAAAAAAAAAAAAAAAACAUUUUCAAACCUCUGUCACGUGCCUUCACUGCCAUUAUUCUCAAUUUCUGUAGGAUUUUGCGAUGCAAUUUUGUUAGUUCUUAAGUGUAAGUGAAUUAUGACUGACAGAAUCUAGCAGUAGAAUAUGAACCAGCACUAACAGGUACAAAUUGUUAUUUAUCAAGAAAAGCACUUCAUAACAAGUAUUACCUCAUUGAGACUGACAGUCAGGCUAUUCAUUCCAAGACCAGUCGGUGGAUUGUGUGAUCAAAGCUUCUUUUUAGUACAUUAACGCUGUAAAUGUGUUGUUGAAAAAGAUCGGUCAAACUUGAUAAGAACAUGUCCGCUCAAAUGCUACAUGCUAGUUUAAGAGAAGUUCAUAUGAAAUAACUGUAGUGCUCGUGCGGUUAAUCAUAAAAUGCCUACGUUGACAUGCUGAUUUAUGACUUGCAGUAUAUUGUGGUAUAAUUUGACACAAAAACUUCUCUUGUUUCAAUUUGUGACCCACCACCUGGAUUCGGUCUUAUGUAGCAAAAUUUGAAAAUUGUAUUUUUUACAUUGGAUGGAAGUAGAGACUCAAAGCUAGAAAAUGGUAUUUGAUACACUGCAGUUGAGGAACAAUGGAACAUUUAUUCUGCUUUGAAUGUUGAUAAACUUGUAACCCCAUUUUGUUGAGAAAAUUGCUAUUAAUGUUUUGGUACACCUACUGGAGAGCUCUUCUUUGUCUACACCCAUUCAGCAUUGUUCACACCCUCUUCACACCAAAUUCAUUAACAGCCAAUCGUAUCCAUUUAUUGUUGCUUUUUUUUAUCCAAAAGAUUCAAGUCAUUCAUUUGUAAACUUGGAAAAGAGGGAACAACCUCAUAAUAUAACAAAGUGUUCUUAAUAAGUCCCAAGUAAAGGAAGUGGAAUUGCUUUGCAAAUUCUCUCUGAGUAAUAUUAACCUGGGGGGAAAAAUCGCGCUUGAAUAUAAUUUUCCAGAAAAACAACAUUAGCUGGUGAAACUUAGACAAUUUCACAGGUCAUUUUGGAGGGUCAGAAUCACAUUUCUUUAGGAAUUCAAGUCCACCAAGUUUAUUAAACAGACUGUUAGGGAUAUGAUACCACAGAGGUAGGAUUAGACAGACAUAUCAACCAUUUAAUUCUAAAAGCAACCAUUAACGAAUCAAAAUCAAUAUCCUGUAAACCUCCACGAUCAUACUAAUUGUGAUUUCUGAAUAUAAUGAUUUAUUCCUCCAAACAAAUCUAAAUAUAACAGAAUUGACUUUUUAAAAAUGUUAUUAGAAGAAAUAAAAAAGGGACUGACUUGGGUAAAUGGUUCUAGAUAAGCCAUCGGUCUUGGACAAAAGAAUACAACCCAAGAUUGAGAUAUCACAUUGCUGCCACGGACUUAAUGAAACUCUCAUGGAAUGAAUCCUAUUAUCGAUGUUUAAAGAUUCUGUAUCUGAAACGUUUUUAGUGAUAACAAUUCCUAAAUAUUUAACUUUCUUUUUAACAGGCAAUGUUGACGGAAUCACAGCAAAUAAUUGGCAUGAGAUCACAUUUGUUAAGGUUGGGAGUCGACCCAGAGGCCAUAGAAAAUGUCUUGAUUCUGUCAAUAGCCAAGGGAAUAGACGCUCUAUCCUUUAGGAAAAGGGCAGUAUCAUCUGCAAAUGGACUGAUAUUUACAUCUUUACCAAAAAUACAGAUCCAUUUUAAAUUCUCAUAUUUGUUUAGAAAUAUGGCUAGUAGAUCUGUGGCUAAAAUAAAGAGCUUGGACAACCCUGUCUAAUUCCUCUAGCAAUAGAGAAACAAGGGGAUGUACCGUUACUAAUAGCCAGCGAACUGCUAUUAUCAUUAUAUUGUACAUUAUCCUUAUCACUUAACAGAAAUCCUCCCAAAACCCAAAAGUAGAUAGUUCUAAGUUAAAAGUUGUUUGAAAGUGCCAAAAGCAUUUUUAAAAAUCUAAAAACAAUAUACAUCUAGGUGAAGAGAGUCCUUCUUUGGUUUGGGUAUAAGAACUAUUAGUCCCUGUCACAAAGGAGGUGAUAAGAUAGCAUUAGCAAUAUCCUCUUUGUAGCCCGAAAGCAAUAACUCUCUAAAUCACGCCAAAAAUGUUGAUAGAGUCAUGCUAUCCGGUCCAGGAGAUUUACCUAUAGGCAUUUGUUUAAUGGUUUAGUCCAACAAAGUAAUAUCUAUAUCAGAAUCACAGAGUUUCUUAAACCUUUCUUCUAUAGGGUUAACAGAGUUUAUGAACUGAAUCAAAAAAGGAAUUCAUGUUGCCUUCUGAAAGAUGAGAUUGAUAUAGUGAAGUGUAGAAAGAGUAUUUUCUUAUGAAUCAUUUCACGAUCAACAGAUAGUGUCAUUUACAUAAAUGGGUGUAAUACUAUUCCUAGUCUGCCUACUCUUCUCCAAAUGAAAGAAAUAAGAUGUGUUUUUUUCACCUUUUUCAAUCCAUUUGGCCUUUGAACGGAUGGAGGCACCCUGUUUCUUUUUCAUCUUAAUUUAAAUCAAGUUUAUUGCUCAGCCUGUUAAUAUCAACAUCUGCUUGGAUAAUCUUUUCUUAGCAUUUUACCAGUAGUGAUGGCAAGACAUUGAUUUCUGAAUUUAAUCAUUUCCCAUGUGUUAGUAGAAGAAAGAGCAGGAUCGAGACAGGUCCCUCUGAUAAGAGCUUUAGACUGUAAACAAAAUGGCUCAUUCUUUAAAAGAAAAGAUGCUUUUGAAAAUCUCUUGUCAUUAUCAAAAGGAAAGAAUAAUGGAACAAUGGCCUGUCAGAGGAUCUGAGGAAAUACUACAUUCACUGACAAGAUUCGUAAGAUUGGAAGGUACCAACCAAUGAUCAAUUCGAGAUUUGAAUUGUCUGUCGCUAGUUAUAGAGUUGAACCAAGAACAAUGUUCUAAAGUUGGAUUCUGUGAACUCCAAAUGUCGGAAAGUUGAAAGUUGGGAGCAGAAAUGUAGAAUUAAGUUAUUAAAACAAUGGGCUGAAUGCCUGGUGGGAUACUUGUCCAUCCAGUCACGAGGAGCAACAUUAUAAUCGCCUCCAGCAAUAAUGUUAUCUGUGGAAUAUUUGUUUUUCAAUUCAAUUAAGACUUCACUAAUAGAUGUUAGAAUAAUUACUAUGUUAUAACCAUAAAUAUUUACCAAUAUGUAACAUGACCCUUUUUAUAUUCGAAAACAUUAGUUAUCCAGUGACCCUCAGCAUCACACCUGCUUUCUUAAACUGUACCUGGAAAAUGUCUGAAAAGUAUUCCCACACCAGCAGAAUGAGAUGAGCCAAGGCUAAAAAUGAUCUUGUCACCCCAUUGUGAAGUCCAAAAUUUUAAGUCGGCAUCUGAGGAACGUGUCUCUUGAAAAAAACAAAAAAACAAUUGGACUUUUUAAUGAAUCUUUACAAAAACAAAAAUUGCCUUUGGUACGUAAACCCCUGGUGUUCAAUUGGUACGUAAACCCCUGAUGUUCAAUUGGUACGUAAACCCCUGAUGUUCAAUUGGUACGUAAACCCCUGAUGUUCAAUUGGUACGUAAACCCCUGGUGUUCAAUUGGUACGUAAACCCCUGAUGUUCAAUUGGUACGUAAACCCCUGAUGUUCAAUUGGUACGUAAACCCCUGGUGUUCAAUUGGUACGUAAACCCCUGGUGUUCAAUUGGUACGUAAACCCCUGGUGUUCAAUUGGUACGUAAACCCCUGGUGUUCAAUUGGUACGUAAACCCCUGGUGUUCAAUUGGUACGUAAACCCCUGGUGUUCAAUUGGUACGUAAACCCCUGGUGUUCAAGAAUAAAAAGCAAAGAAAUGUUGACAAGCAGAGUAUCCGAGAGAGUUGUCUAGAAUAAACAAGGGACCCUGAAUAUAGCAUAAGCCCUUCAAAAAUGUACUUGACGAACAGUAACGACCAUAAAAGGAAAAUAAAUGGCUAGACCGCGUAAUAACACGUAAUAUAUUAAUAGUUUAGAUCUUCAAUUAAACUCUCAAACGUAAAAUAAAAACAUCUGACAGCUAAUCAUCGCCAUAUGAAAAAUAAAUGGAGAUUUACUUACAUAAUAUCAAUCUUGAAACCAAAUGAAAAGACUAAAAGCUAAGUGAUUUCUUAGUAUGCCAUCAAAUGAGAAUCAAAAAUCAGUGUGCUUACGUUGGUUAAUGUUCACAUUCAAAACUCGCCACUACGGACAGUAUGGCCCUAUGCAAUAUCACCUAUACGCGGUGUUCAGAUAAACGAUUGGAUGAAUAAACUCACCAGUUGAAACGGUAUAUGGCUUCAUUAGCCUACUACUGUAUAAGCAGGCCAACUCAUGAAGCAUAAAUCAGUCACACGUGGCUCCACCCUGCGGUCGUCAAUGGCAGAAAACCCCUCGCGAAAGGAGGCUUUUUUUCUCCCUGCAUCUUGCCCCAUCGACUUGUGGCCACAGCUUCGCAUGGGCAUCCCUGUCGCGCUUGCUGAAAUCUUCUGCAAAGCGAGUGUCUUUCUCCCUGAAGAUCGGCGCAAGUUUGGCAGCUCUCCACACCUCGUCUCUCACGUUCCUCAACGCAAACCUUGUCUGUGUCUGUUCAUCUCCUUUCUCUUAUCUCCGAGACGGUGUACAACAUCUACAGCGAUGUUCAGGAUAGCAGGGGGAUAUGGAACAACCUUCCCAAUAAUGUCAAUCACAAUCCCUCUGAUAUUCUCACCAUCAGUUUCAGGGAGCAUGUUCAGUCUCAGCCCCCAUCGGCGCUUGUAUCGGUCCUGUUCAUCACUGGCUGUGCGCAGCUCCUCGUUUUCUUUUGUCAGGGCAUCAACUUUAUUUUUCAACAGUUUCACAUCAGUGGUAAUAUCCUUAAUGCCUGCUGCAUUAAACUCUGUAGUUUUGUGGGGUUUCGAAGGGGUUAUUUGGACACCUGUACCGAAGACUAAUUCCUCCAACCUCGGUACCGUUAAUUCUGGUAGAGUGUCAGAAUCUUCCGUAUAGAUGACAGUAUCUACCUCGGUUACGACAGCUCCCUCUACAUUUUUGCUAGCUUCCAUCUCAGCUAAUGUUACAAGCUAGCUAGUCUUGGCUGAACUUGCUUGAAGUAUAACAAAGUGGAAAAGUGAUGUUCGGUAAACCAAAAAAAAGACAGCAAAAAUUCAGAGCAUCAAUGUUGUUGAGAAAUGUAGCAAAACUUUUGUAGUUCUCGAUUGAUAAUGUUGUCUUACACUGCGGUAGACAGGACUAUCAAGACAUACUGAGCAGCUCACGUUAUAGACAGAAGCAUGCUACAUGGCCGACCAAUCCAAACUCAUCUCCCGGCAUGUUCAGCCCAUCCAUUAUCUCAGCCAGUGUUACCUUAAAAGUAAAAGUACUCUUAACAUAGUUUAGGUUAUGUGAACAGCACUGCAUUUUCAAUUGAAUACAGUGCUACUAAAGAUGUUUUACAUUUGUACAUUAUUUGGAUACUAGUAUUCAGGGCCGGUCCUGGCCGUUCUGGCACCCCAGGCGAAACAAAAAUUGGCCGCCACUACAAGAAUAAUCCCAGUAAGCAACAUUAAGUUGAAAAAACGGCUAUUUUUCAAGACGUUGAAGUUGGGUUCAAUUUAAGCUCUGAAUGAAAGUUUAAAAUAGGUAUUUUAUGGAUGUUUAAAUCAGGUACAUUUUUGGUUCUGAAUGAAAGUUGAAAAUAUGUCCAUAGCGGAAAAAAUCGUAGCCAAACAUAGACCAAAAAGUCAACUUUGACAUUGUGUGUAGGCCAGUGACAGAAAAAUCUAAAUUCAAUACAUUUCGAAUUCAGACUAACUCAACAAAAUGUGGAAAAAUUCAAGGGGUGUGAAUACUUUCUGAAGGCGCAUUGUUUGUGGCGCAUUGAAGGCGCAUUACUGUGAUGUUUUUUUUGUUUGUUUGUUUACACAGGGAAGAUACUUUGUUUGUGUCUCAUUUUGUAUUGUACGUCUGUCUGUCUGAUAUUUUUUUUAACGUUCUGUCCAUCUGUCAUAAUAACCAUCGUAUUUGUUGUGGUCUUCAGGUCAUUAGGGAAAUGAUGACUAAUAUUAUUAGUUCAUCACCAGAAUGUGUAAAUAUAUUGAUACUACUAAAUACUGUAGUCAUGUCCUGUAAUAUUUUCUGUAAUGUAUUAUCCCCACGGUUAUACUAAAUGUUCAGUGACGACAUUAAGUAUUAAACUUAGUUUGAAAACUUGA